AUGGCUCAAUACGGCCAGCUGCAUGCCAUCCAGCGCUCUGUAUGGCAGGCUCGACUGCCUCUGGAAAUCCGGCUAGCCGCCUCAGAAUGUCGAAGCUUUAACCGAGCCGACCCCUACCUGAUUGCUUUUCCUCGACUCUCGUACCUGCCUCUGUUGCUGCCGCGUCUACACGCCUUUUUCUACAGCUCACUGAUAGCCGACCCCGAGACGGUGUCGCCGUAUGCGGGCUAUUUUACGUACGACAAUGUUCCGCUGAAGUGGCAUCUGCCUUUGGGCUUGCUCUACGACAUCUAUGUCUUGUCCACACAAGAUGCUGGCCCUGACCAUGCUGCCUCGGAGUCGUUGCCAUUUAAGCUGACGUUACAUUUCGCUCCAGACGAGACAGGAUCGUCGAUGCUGGACGCGACCCCUGUGGUGUUGCACGACUCCUUCAUCAACUCGGUCAAGGAGGCGGACUUUCUUCGAUCGGGGACCGCGAAACCCAUCAUGACCUUGUCAGCUCAGGAGAGUAAGGCGUUGUGGACUUCGACGCAGGAAGGUGACUUGAUGACCUUUGCGAAAAUCCACAGCAGCCUGGUGCCAGCACCGGGACAGUUACGCAACGUUCCUCUACGCGUCUAUCUGCCGUCUUCGCCGGAUCAAGAUCCGAGUAAGGCUCAGAUAAAGGUUCUACAGUCCCAUAUCUCUCCUACCGUGCCGGGUGGUGGCCCGUCCUCUCCAGCAGCACUUCGAGGUGGUGGUAGCGGUGCAGGGCAGCCUCAGACACUCGGCACGGCUCUACACCAACUCAUCCCAAGCCUCUUUCCCUCCCGGAGGACUCCCAUACUUGCGACCCCUCUCCUCCAUGGCACUCCUAUACCCAUGACUGCGAACUUGGACGAGUUGCUUCGAUGGGGCUGUUAUGCAGAUGGCUGGUUGUCCAUUGUACUGGCCAUGCGUGGAUAG